ACUUUACUAUCAACUCACAACACCAUUUUGUGUGUGCCCAUGUCAGCCGCGCGCGGCCACACCCUUCUGUCACACAGGCAGUCUGUCUCUUACCUCCUCACAGCCAGCCCAAUGCUCCACAGCUCCAGUAUUGUUACUCUUCCUGUCCUUCCUGAACGUAGCUCAUAGCUUCCCCUCUUCAGUCAGGCCUGCUCCACGCCAUGCCCACUACCGCUCCAGACAGUGUCUCAGUGCAGUGUGCUUCCGGAUGGAAUGGGGCUCUGGUCAAGUUCUAUAGAGCUCUGGUCAAGACUAGUGCACCAUAUAGGGUGCAAUUCGGGACGCAGGCCAAAUAGAGCGGAGAUGUUAUUUUCCAUAAGUCUGGUUCCCUAGGGAGGGACCCAAGGGAAUAACCCUGGCUAGAGCUGCUGGUACACUAGAGACACUACAGAGUCUGCAAUUAAACAGCCCUGCUAAUCCCUCUGUUUCCUUGUUUGUGCUGCUAUCCUAUUGUAGGGGAUAGGACACAUGCACACUAAAGCAAACAGGCACACACACACAGGCGCACGUACACACACAGCUAAAUAAAACAAUCUUGGGCUUGGGGAUUGAGGGUCACUGAUUUUAAGGACACAAUUCCAUAGGGAUGUGGGCGGGUGCUUUUUGGAAGUCAUUUUGAGGGGAACAAGCAGAUUAAGAGAUUGUUUUGACCGUUCCUUUCUAAUUGGUGUCAUCGGUUGGCCAGCCAGCUUGUGAUGGCAGCCUGCGUACGUGACAUUUCCAGACUUUCAUCCUUCUCUCUCAAUCGCUUUCUCUCCCCCUCUUACUUUCUCUUACUCUCUCUCUCUCGCUCUCACUCUUUUUCUUAUCUGUUGAAUUUACAGUAUGUGUAAUUGGGUUCCUUUGAACAGGCGGCUCCAGCUGGCUACUUACUGCUAAUGCAUUUCCUUUCAUGUAUUCUGAGUAUCCCCUCCAAGCACAACGAGAUUUCACACUAUUGCUUUUGGGGGAAAAAAACAUGUUUUUUAAUGCUAAACACAUAUGCAAACAAGGCAAGCAGCAGUAGAAGCAGUAUCAGUAGCCAGCCACCACACUGAAACAAACAGACCAAAACAAGGCCUGGGAAUAAGUUAAUGUGGAGUGGCGUUCGCUGUUUAAAUGCUAACUAUCUAACCUCUCCAGCUGUAAAGGAGUGAGUCAGUCAACUGGCUGGCUAGUAUGUGGUAGCCGCUAUCUGCACGUACACACACACACACACACACACACACAUACACACACACACACACACACACACAGGGAAUGGGCAUCACCAUGUCCAUCCUCCAUCUCCCUCCCAACACACGUGGUCCUGUGAGGGUUGUGUGAUACACUCACACUGUUCUUUUAAAGGAGGUAAAUAAAAAGUAUAUUAAAAGCAGCAGCGUUCAUUCCGUGUCCUGUGGAUGGGAGUUAAUGAGGGUUAAAGCACGCCACAAACUCAAUCAACACAACAGGCCUUAAUACACACCAGCACACACGAGGGAGAAAGGUUUGAACGGAAAGAACGAAACCCGCUCGGAUACAAAAUGCUUUACUGUAGCGUCAGUCAAUUCAAAUGUGCUGUUUUUACGCUGUCAUUGUUUUGGUGAUUUUAUUUAUUUAUUUUUCCUGUGUUUUUGAAUGGGCUGAAUCAACAGGCUUGUCCAUGCACUGUGUAUGUGCAGACAACUGCCAAUGUGAUGCCGGUACUACUUAUUGACCACCUCCGCCAUCAACGCUUUCCCAUAGGUGACCAGGGUGAUCAAAACCAUCACCCGCCACACUUACCUGCCAGUGACCAUCAUCGAGACCCCGGUGGUGCCGGAAGGUUCCAUCUCACCGCAGUCCAAACCCAGCACCUCUUCUCCCACCCCGUCACAGACAGACACCGUGACGAAGAUGGUGAAGACGGUGACCACGCGGACGGUUCGACAGGUGCCCCUGGGCCCCGACGGCCUGCCCCUACCUGAGGGCUCCUCCCCGCUGGGCAGCUACACAGACUCCAUCGACCGGCGCUACCUGAAGAACGGGGAGCGCUAUAUCACCACGCCGCAGGCCACCUCCACGCUCACGCGCUCCUACAACAACUACAACGACUCCUACACCGACACGCUCCCCCCCGAUGCCGGCGGGAGCCAUUAUGGUGGGCGCCACUAUGGCCUCCACGACGGCUACGGGAUUGGAGACGUGACAGACAACUACGGCAGCCUGUCGCGUGGCGUCAACUUCCGGCCGCCCCGCUAUCCUUACGCCAUGGCUAACAGCUACCGGACGGAGAACAGCUACGGGACCUUACCCAUUCGUAAGGAUGACUACGGCCACGUGGCCCAGCCUCAGGUGCCCAUGGGCAGCAGCAGUGUGGACCUGAACCGGUCCCAGCCAGAACGCUUCCAGCCAGAGCCCUACGGACUAGAGGAUGACCGCCGCAGCCUGGGCCCUGAGGAGGAGGAGCCCUAUGACCUGGACCCUGACUACUCCACCGCCAGCCGGCGGCAAGGCACGCUGCCUGGCACCAACCGCGGCAGGACCAUGAGAGAGCCACUCCGUGACGGGCCACGUGUCAGGGGGUACGAUGACCCCAUCGAGGCAGAGCUGGUUGACGAGCGACACCCCUACAUCCAUGGCAUGUACGCGGCCCCCCUGGCCCAGCCCGAGAGGGGGAGCAUGGCCAGCCUGGACCGCCUGGCUGGCCGCCGCUCGCCCUCCAUAGACAGCAUCCGCAAGGACCCGCGCUGGCGUGACCCUGACCUGCAAGAGGUCAUCGCCAUGCUGGGCCACCCUAUCGACCCGGUCAAGUCCAACGCCGCCGCCUACCUGCAGCACCUGUGCUACGAGAACGACAAGAUCAAGAAGGAUGUGCGCCAGCUGAAGGGGAUCCCUGUGCUGGCAGGGUUGCUGGACCACCCCAAGGCUGAGGUCCACCGCAAGGCCUGUGGAGCCCUGAGGAACAUCUCCUACGGCAAGGACCACGACAACAAGGUGGCCAUCAAGAACUGCGAUGGUAUCCCAGCCCUCAUCCGCCUGCUGAGGAAGACCAACGACAUGGAGGUCCGUGAGCUCAUCACAGGGACCCUGUGGAACCUGUCUUCCUAUGAGCCUCUGAAGAUGGUGAUUAUAAACCACGGGCUUCAGACUAUGACCAACGAGGUCAUCAUCCCCCACUCAGGCUGGGAGCACGAGCCCAACGAGGACUCCAAGCCCCGCGACGCAGAGUGGACCACCGUCUUCAAGAACACCUCUGGUUGUCUGAGGAACGUGAGUUCGGACGGGGCCGAGGCGAGGCGCAGGCUGAGGGAGUGUGAGGGGCUGGUGGACGCUCUGCUUCACGCCCUGCAGUCAGCUGUGGGGAAGAAAGACAUGGACAACAAGUCUGUGGAGAACUGUGUGUGUAUCAUGAGGAACCUGUCCUACCACGUUCACAAGGAGAUCCCAGGGGCCGAGAAGUUCACAGACCCAUCAGUGCUGCAGGCCCCGGGCUCUGUGGGCCCUCAGAGGAAGAAGAAGGAAGACGCAGGCUGCUUCGGAGGGAAGAAGGCCAAAGAGGAGUGGUUUAAUCAAGGCAGGAAAAACGGAGAGAAUACCAAAAGCUACGACACGCUGGAUCUCCCCAAACGCACUGAACCCACAAAAGGUUUUGAGCUGCUGUACCAGCCAGAGGUAGUGAGGCUGUACCUGUCUCUGCUCACUGAGAGCCAGAACUACAACACUCUGGAGGCUGCAGCAGGGGCCCUGCAGAACCUCAGUGCCGGACAGUGGACCUGGUCCAACUACAUACGAGCCACUGUGAGGAAGGAGAAGGGUCUUCCCAUCCUGGUGGAGCUGCUGCGUUCUGAUGCUGACAAGGUGGUCCGAGCCGUGGCCAUCGCCCUGCGUAACCUCUCCAUCGACCGCCGCAACAAAGACCUGAUCGGGAGCUAUGCCAUGAGGGACCUGGUGAGUAACCUGCCCAGUGGUCAGCAGCGGCCAGCUAAGAACCUGGAGGAAGACACAGUGGUGGCCAUCCUCAACACCAUCCACGAGAUCGUGACGGACAGCUCCGAGAACGCACGCUCCCUCAUCCAGGCCCAGGCCAUCGAGAAACUGGUGGCCAUCAACAAGACAAGUCAAUCACCACGUGAGAACAAGGCUGCCUCCCACGUGCUGCAGACGGUGUGGAGCUACAAGGACCUGAGGAACGCCCUGACCAAGGAAGGAUGGAAUAAGAGCCACUUCCAGUCUACAGCAAGCGGCGCCCCUAAAGCAGCCAAGAAUGGCAAACCAGGCUACGACGACACUACCCUGCCCCUGAUGGAGAAGAACCAAGGUCAGUCUGUGACGGCAGGCGAGACUGGGGAUCCUCCGGGCCUGGCCUACUGUGGUGAACUGAGCACCAAGAAAAAUGGAAGUGGUGAUAUGAUACCUAUGGACGAGCUUGGUCCAGAUGGCUACUCCACCAUCGACCAGAGAGACAAGGACUGCAAGUACAAGAGUAGUGGCGACGGGUCAGUGGACCUGACAGAACGGGAGCCAUUGAAGAAUGAGACAAAUACGAAACACUAUGUCAGGAGUAACAGGCCUGCAGUCAAUCUGGUGGAUGCUUGUGACGUUAAACCUCAGCCUGUUGACUCCUGGGUCUAAAUGCAUGCAUGGCUUAAAUAACAACAGCGCAACAUCUCAACUAGAUGAGGAUUUCCCACGUCAUCACUGCCAUAACACAUGGAGCUUAUUUUGAUGUUGACUCGUCAGCAGAUAGACUUUGUAAAUGAAAGAGAGAGAAACAAAACAACAAAAAAUGAUCAUCCCAUCAGCCAAUGUUUCAUGCUUUUUGAAUCAGCAAAUGAAAUGUAUAGGACAGAAAAUCAAAAAAAUGACUACUUCUACUACUACUCAUAUCUACAUUCCCACUGGAUGGACAAACAUAGUGUACACGAACAUGAGGACUGACUGGAGCAGCUCUGGUGUCAGGAUGGAAGAAUGGAGGCAGUUAUCCUCCUCGGGAUACAAGUGUUCUAAAGCUCUGUCUUUACGCUUACUCUAAGGAUGGUUUGUUGAUUCUACUGCUUGCAAAAGGUGGAGGGAAAGGGGAAAGAGAAAAUUGAACUAUUUAAUUUUCAUGUCAAAAUGAAGUUUGCUUCCAAUUGUUUAUUUCCAUGUAACAAUUUAGCUUUUUGUUUCCAUUUUUGUUUGUCUUUCCUCAAGGCACUGUAAAUUGUAUUUGUUUGUAAUAUUGUUUUUCUUUUUCUGGUCUGUCUUUUUCAUUUUAGUUUGAAGAAGUGUGGACUAUUGUGGGAGAUGGCAGAUGAAUGUCGGUGUGGUUUUAAGUUGGGGACUUGAUGCUUGAGCGUCGCUUAAAGGAGCUGUAACAGACUCCACACAUGCGCUUUUCACACGCGAAGGCUCUCAAACACAUUUGUCAUACAAUGGUUCACUGUGUUUCUUUAAGUGCACUGGGAUCAUUGCUGUGCAACUCAUAGGGGACUGACUGGGUGCUGAUUCAGUUCAUAAACCCACAAGAAUUUCACACACCUGCAAGUGUUGAUUGGAGUUAGGGAAGUGAAAUGACAUGUACAUUUGGUUGGGUUACUUAUAGCUGUUGAGUAAAACAAAAUGAAAAUAUAUUUUCUGAAUCGAUACAGUCGUGGUUGUUUGCUGAAGGUAUAUGAUUUACUCGGUUGGUUGCUGUUUGCCAUUGAUAUGUAAUAAAGUUGAAUAGGAUAUAAGACAUUUUGUUUAUAAAUGGAUUGUGUUUAUGAAGGAAGGGAGAGGAUUAUGUCAAGUACACUGAACAAAAAUAUAAACAAUUUCAAAGAUUUUGCUGUUACAGUUCAGAUAUGGAAAUCGGUCCAUUUAAAUCAAUUCAUUGGGCCCUAAUCUAUGGAUUUCACAUGACUGGGCAGGGGUGCAGCCAUGGGUGGGCCUGGGAGGGCAUAGGCUCACCCCUUUGGAGCCAGGUCCACCCACUGUCGAGCCAGGCCCAGUCAAUCAGAAUGAGUUUUACCCCACAAAAGUGCUUUAUUACAGACAGAAAUACCCCCCCCCCUCCCCCUUCUGAAGAAGCUGGAUGUGGAGGUCCUGGGCUGGGGUGGUUACACGUGGUCUGUGGUUGAGGCUGAACGUACUGCCAAAUUCUCUAAAACUACAUUGGCGGCUUAUGGUAGAGAAAUUAACAUUAUCUGGAAACAGCUCUGGUGGACAUUCCUGCAGUCAGCAUGCCAAUUGUGUAUGCUCCCUAAAAACUAAAGACAUCUGUGGCAUUGUGUGACAAAAUUGCACAUUUUAGAGUGGCCUUUUAUUGUCCCCAGCACAAGGUGCACUUGUGUAAGGAUCAUGCUGUUUAAUCAGCUUCUCGAUAUGCUACAUCUGUAAGGUGGAUGGAUUAUCUUGACAAAGGAUAAACUGCUCACUUACAGGGAUGUAAACACAUUUUUGCAAAACAUUCGAGAGAAAUCAUAUUUUUGUGCCUAUGGAAUGUUUCUGGGAUCUUUUAUUUCAACUCAUGAGACAUGGACCAGCACUUUACAUGUUGUGUUUAUAUUUUUAUUCAGUGUACAUGCUCCUGUUGUCAAAGGGUAGAACCUAAAAGCGUUUUAUAUUUUUGUUGGUUUUAUAAAUGUAUAUUAGGGUCAAAGAAAAGCAAAAAAACAAGACAAACUUAAUUGUGUACUCAUAACAGGUCGUUUCGGAAGCACAUUCAUUGGAUAAAGGAUCACCAUGUUUGUAAACAGAAAUAACUACAUCAUUUAGGUGUGUAUCAAAUCUGUAGAGUCAUGUUAAUUACAUAUUUAUAUUUUGUACGGUUAAGAUUGAAAAAAGAAGACCUUUAAUCUUCAGCUUUCUUUGUAAAGGUGUGAUGGACUGAUGACCUGGUCUCAAUCUUUGUUGGAGAUUAGGGAGGGGGAGAAAGAGAGGGGAAGUGGAUAGUUCAGCAGGGGUCACUCAAGAGAAGGAUGGGUGGAUGCAGCAGCAGGGAUAGACAGCAGUGGUAGAAUUCCAUUUAAUUUCACACUGCAAUUAUAUAGUCGCUGAUAACCUAAAAACGUGCUUUGAUUUUGCCAAUGCAUCUUUAAAGAACUAUUUGAAACAAGCAUGAGCAAAUGUACAGAUGUUUGUAUAUUCUUUAAGUGCCAGUUUUUGUGGUGGAAUUGGAUAUUCAAGUAAUUCACAUCUGGAGAGAACAGAGAGGAGAGCAGUUUCGUGUGGUUCAAGGCAGAAUUUGCAUCACAUUGUACAAAGUAUACAAAGUCUGAUUUAUUCUAUUUUUUGUUCUCUAGAGGCAGUUGUAAUGUAGUUGUCUUUUAAAGGGACAAAAGACAAGCUAAACUGCACGUGGGUAAAGUUUUAGUAGUGGUGUUGUGAUUCGUCUUUCUCCAUCUCCAAGUGGACACUGCACUAUGAACCUUCUCUCUCCCAAUUCUGGGACUAGUGAGGGGGACCUCCACUACAGAACAGCUCAACUCAUGCGUCGGCUACAGGCGAAUGGCAUGUGCCUGCGUCAGUUUCUUUGUGAUGUGAUUUAUAAAGCUUGCAUAUUUUACACUGUGUUUACAAAGACUUAUGUGAUAAAAUAAAGAUAAAGUACAUGUAUUAACUUUUGAUUUCAGAGAAAAGUAAUGUAAUGUCAACGUUCUCCAUGUUGACAUAUGUCCUCAGAACUAUGUGCUUUUCAUUGGAUUAUUCAUCUCUGACUGUCUAUUCCUGACUGCAUUUUGCAGUACACAACCAAAGGACCUGGCGUUGAAUUUAUAUACAUAUGAAAGUAGUCCAGGAGUUUGUUUGUGGAUGUUCAUCUAAUUGUACAUUUACUAAAUAAGAUGCUGUGAAAGAAAUGCAAGAAAAUGGGGCAGAAAUUGAAUCAAAGGGGCAAGACCUACCUGUGUAGAUAUCACUGAUUCAAACUCUUCAAAAAUAAAGUAACUGUAUCAGUAGCAAAUGUGUUUGUAACUAUCAUGUGCCUUAACCUUUUCCAUGGUAGAUAAAGAAAAUGUGUUUUAUAUCAUGCUUUAUCCUCCCACUGUCCUCCACCCUCAUCCCUUUCUCUGUUUACCUCUUUCCUGUUCUCUUCUUUGUCAGGCUCCCUAUCCAUCUCUCCCUUCCCCCUAAUUUCACACAUUCACCCACUCUGUCCUCAGUGUAGUCUAGACUGUUGGUGGAUAUUUGCCUUGUAUUACAUUGAAUUAUAAACUUUCAAAAGAUGGAGACAAAAAAAAUUAUUUGAUUUCAUAGAGUAAGUUGUUAUUGCUUUCGUAGCUAUCGGAGCGAUGCCACAGUGACAAUGUAUUAUGUUAAUUUUACUAAUACCCAGAGGCAAGUGUUAUGCUUGUUUAAAUAAUGGAAAAAAUACAGAUUUGUAGAGUAUAAAUUUGGUGUGUUUUCAAUAAACCAUGCCUGGAAAGAUCA